AUGGCGGAAAGUGAAGCAAGAACCGAACCUGAUUUCGAAAGUUUCAAAGAAAACGUUAAAGACAAACGAGAACCAACGAGUUGCUUGCCAGAUAAAUUGCCAAUGUUCACAGCUCGCGAAGCCGAGAUCCAAAAAGUCAUCACUUUCCUCAAGGAUGAAGAAAAAGCCGUUGUGUUUCUCCAUGGCGGACCUGGGUUUGGCAAGACUGCAAUCGCCAUCGAGGUGUCGCAUCAACUUAGUGAAGACCACCAGAUUCCAGUUGUUUUCUCUCAAUUAACCACCGCAACCACUGUAGAUGAAAUGGUUCUACGACUUUGUCGCGAUGUUGGUGUUUACCAUGAAGAUGACCCUAAGUCAUCGUUGAUUCUCUGGUUAAAGAAUGUCAAUCGCAAAGUGAUUUUUGUUAUGGACGACAUCGACAACCUGCUUGAAGAAAAGACAAGUUUCUACAAGUUUAUCCGCUUGCUGCGCAAGAAUUCAAAUCAACAUUGUCAUAUUCUUACGACUUCCAGAACGUCCUGUGAAAUUCCCGAACUUUUAACUGAUGAAGUUCAAGUUGACGAGAUGGAUGAUGAAGCAUGUAUGGAGCUUUUGAAAAAACAAUGUCCUGAUCAGGAAGAUGAAUUUCUGCGAAGAUUGGCCAAACUUUGUGGCAAAAUACCUCUUGCUAUGUGCAUCGCAGGCUCUCAAGUUGAUGACUUUGAAAAUUCUGAUGAAUUAUUACAGCACCUGCAAGACCAACCAAUGAAGACUUUAGAAUGUCCUGAGAGUGAUCAGUACGUUUAUCGAGCGAUCAACAUGUCUUACGAAAAGUGUUCUAGUGAAGAGAAAGAAACGUUGUCCCGUUUGGCAGUUUUCGAAGGAAUCUUCAGCGAGGAUGCCGUCAGAGUCGUGAUCGAGAAAGAAAAUCUAGAUACUAAACGUGUCUUGAAGAAACUUGUUCGCCGAAGCUUGAUCAAACAACCAACCAAGCACCGAUACUCUAUUCAUCUCUUGAUCAAACAUUUCUUAAAGUAUCAACAAGAAAGCGAAAACGAAACAGCAGAACGAGUGCGUGCACAAAUGAUGCGUGCGGAAGUGUUGAUGGUUAAAUACUACUUGGAGUUGGGACACGACCUAACUAUGAAAAGUUACGCAAAAGAUGGAUACAAAGCAAACAGAGAACCUCUAAAGCAGGAAGCGCACAACAUCCAGAACGUGCUCAAAAUUUGUUGUCAGCAGGAAGAUCCAAAAACCUCCGACAUCUCUGACUGCCUUGCACACAGUAAAGUUUACACCACCUCAGCCAGAUUCUUUUCACUCUUCGUUAGAACCAUCAUCCCCGGGUCCAUCGUCGACGAGUUCCUACAACUAUGCGCAAACCUGGCCGAGGAAAGGAAGCAACAUGCAAUGAAAAUAAAUUUUGACUGUUUGUUAGCAGACCAAGAACGCAGCAGAUCAAUUGGUAAAUCUGACGAGUGUUUUAGUUCAAAGAUGGAAGAAAUCAAGGGAGAGUUCGAAACACACGAUAAAGAUUUAAAGGAAGACAAGUCCCUUUGUGCUCAUUAUCAUUAUCAGUACGGUAGAUACCUGUUGCGUAAAUCUGAGCACCAUAACGGUGAACAACGCUUCAAAUCUCUUCAUAAAGCACGCGAACAGCUGGAAAAAUCGUUGAAAUUAAGGAAAACGUUAGCUGACACGUCCGUGGGAAAAGCAGAUAUGGUUUUUUCGUUACAGCAUCUUGGAAAUACAUGGAAGAAAAUUGCCUCCAGUAGUGAAAAGCUUCUUCAACCCACAAUGGAUUGUGAAUACGCAAAGAAAAAAACGCAAGAGUAUUACGAAGAAGCUAUGGAAUUGUCCGACAAGCAUCUAGGUGAGCACGAGCUUACAUCAUCAUGCUACAAAAAUUUUGGAGAUCUAUUCUUAACAAUCGGGAAACAUAAUUUGGCCGAAGAGAAGUACACCACCGCCAAAAGAAUGCGGGAAACUCUGGGCCUUAACGCGAGUGAAAGACACGUUUUUCUACUCAACAACCUGGGACAAUGUUUCACAAAAAGCAUGAGGGCAAAUGAAGGUAUCAAAAUUUUGGAAAAUGCUCGCGACAUGGCCGAAAAACUUGCUGAAAGCGACGAGCCAAAUGUUUGCAAGACAAAGGUCUAUACAUCAUUGGCUAUUGCAUACGAUUUGGAAGGAAAGCAUUCCGAUGCAGUAGACUACGCUCACAAAGCACUGAAGUUUGAAAAAGCCAUCAACAGAAAUUUUCUUAACAAACUUCAGAUAAUUGUAUCAAAGAACGUUGGAAACAACUGAUCGACAUGAAUUUUCUUGAAAGGUGUUGAACGUUUAAGCAUUACGAAUAUUUCAUACUACCAUAUUUGUAAAAUGGAACACUAAAUUAAGCAAAUUUACUAACAGAAAUAGAUACAAUGAAGACAACUUAUUAAUCUGACACAAACAUACUCGUAUCAACAAUGCAGUAUUAUUACUAAUAAACGGUUGAAAUGUUGAAUAGCAUGUUUCCGCAAACUACGUUUAUUGAAACAACAGCACGCGUAAAAAUCUGACAGCUUGUCAACACGAUUUCUUCGCACAUGCUUGUUCCCAGUUGCUGACAAUUCUCGAGAAAGUUGUUAUCAUCUUUUAACAAGGUUGACGAGACCAACAGACUCGCAACAAGUUAUUCCAACAAGUCUUACACGAUAACAAGCUCGUAACAACUUGUUACGAACAGUCUGUAUUAGCCUUGUUGGAACAGCUUGUAGCAAGUCUGUUACCGUCAUCAACGGAUCAACCUUGUAACAAGGUGAUAAAAACUUGUUCCAGACGUGUCGCAACAACUGGGAACAAGCAGUGGUCUAUUCUUAAAAAACAAUAAUUUUGAAUAGUUUAUAAGUAGGCUAAUGGUCACCUCACUCACUGUGACUGGGUUAAGUGUGACUAAGAGAAUUGUUUCACAAUUAGAAUUGUAAUUAGGAAUAAUAAAUAUGAUCUUAUUUUAAUUAACAAUUAAUUAAUGCCCCAGUUACACGAUACCGGAUUCGUAUCGGAGCGACAUCAAUUUGUUUUCCAAUCUUGUCUGCUCUUACAACUUUUCAUAUUUGAACUUUUGUUUAAUUAUGUUAUAUAAUCAUAAUUUUAAGUGCCAAAUUCACCUCGAAGCAGUAAAAUUUGAUGACGCUCCGAUGGGGCCUAAGACGAUUCUAACGUAAUAAUAUGUAAUCUCUAGGUGAAAUAUCACAGUUGAUUUCACAAAA